UUUGAUCAUUUUAGAUUUGUAAGCCACUGAGCUGUCUGGGCGUGUUCAGCUUUAGCUUUUCUAUUACCACUGCUGUAGGUUUACUCUCACCAGCAGUAUCUCUGCUACCAUGGCUGGAUUAAGAUCUGUUUUCACAUCAUUGUGGAUAUUUUCUCUGGCUGGAGAAGAACAACACAAGAUAACUGCAAGGCCUGGAGAGGAUGUAACCCUUCAGUGUCAGGCUUCCAUAAAUGCUGAGAUCAUACUGGUGAAGUGGAGCAGACCUGACCUGAAGUCGAACCAAUAUGUCUUCUUCCUCCGAGAAAACCGCCCAUAUGAGAACUACCAGCUGCCCUCAUAUCGUGGUCGAGUGACCCUGAGAGAUCCGGAGAUGAAGGACGGAGACUUUUCUGUUGUUCUGAAGAACGUCGGCGUCAGCGACACCGGAACAUACGAGUGUGAAGUUAUAACUGGUGAGGGAGAAGAACUUGAACUCUACAGCACCAUCAAGCUGACUGUCUCGGUCUCAGGUCACACAGAGGGACACACCGGGGGAGGAAGAGACACCGAUGUAAAUCUUUGGCAGGUCCUUGGUGUGGUUGUUGCUAUGCUUGUUGGUGUUUUAAGUUUUUAUGUUUUGAUUUUUUAUUUAGUAUUUCAGGACAAUGCACAUAGAUGAACAUGUACAGCAGUACAUGUAAAAUGCCAGAUUGUAGCCUGGGGGCUAAUUUCCAUCUGUAGUCCAUUAGGCAGGUUGAAGUUACAAUUAAAAAUGACAAAAUACAAUAAAACAGGGAGAAACAGAAAACAAGAAAAAUAGGACAAUUCAAUUCAUGACUAUGGGUGUCAAGGCAACUGGGCGAUAAUCAUUCAGGGAGGUAAUUACUGUUUGUUCUGGAAGAGGAAUGAGUUUUGUGACCUUGAGACGUGUUGGAACAGUAGCCUGCUCCUGAGAGAUGUUGAGCAGUGUGGUGAGCCCCCCAGCCAGCUCCCAUGCGCAAUGUUUCAAAACACGCCCAGGUACUCCGUCCGGACCAGUGGCUUUAGUGGGGUUAAUGUGGGAGAGGGCUCGCCUGACCUCAUGGGGGGGCUCAGCACUAGUGACUCUGGUGAGGCCACUAGCUGUAACCAUUUAACUCUGGGUUGGUCAUUUAGUCUGUCAAAACAGGCAAAGAAGAAAUUUAGGUCAUCAGGAAGGGAGGGGAGUGACUGUAGCUGACAGGCAGGAGUUGUUUCCUUUUUAUAAUCCACUAUGGAUCUGAUGCCUUGCCAACAGGCUCGUAGGCAGUAACGGUGUUGGGUAUAAACCCCCAACACUUGUAACACAACCUGCACACAAGAAAGACACAGAGAAUUGAGUAGUUUUACUUGCAAGGAGAGUGCUCGGAGACUGUUCAGUUACAAUCCUCCCAACUCACUCUGAAAAAGUCUCCGCUCCUCUUGCUUUUUAUUUCAUUAGGAACGCCCUAGGUACAUAAGGUUUCAACUGCUAAAGGGGAAGGGUGCACACAUAAAUCCAGUUGAAACCAGUUUGAACAUUUCCACAUUUUUGGGUAUGACUGCUUGCUACUAUACGCUAUCUCUUGUUCUUGCUUGCUAUCUAAGCUUGACAGCAGAGUUGUCUUUCUCAGCCUUAUGUAGCCAAUUCCUCUUCGCCGGGCAUAACUGCAACUGUCUGCAUCCUCUCACCUUGAGCCACAGUUCCUGUAACAAACUCACACAAACACAUAUUAUAAAGGCAACAACAGAAUAGUAUCUUCAUUUGGUAUGUACUGUUAUAACAGUAAUAGAAUAUAGUAAACGAGUGGAAUAACUUAUGUACAAUUUCUCCAACAAACGGGCACUGGCCCGUCCAGCCAAGUUUGAUCAAAAUACGUUUUGUGAUGAAAAACAUUCAAAUGUAUGUACAAAAAGAAAUAAUGACAGAACUAGCUUGUUGUGUGUGUUUAAUGUGCAUUUUCUUCUGAUUAAAACAAAACUGUUUAAACCAUACAAUCAAAGAAUUAGAUCAAAUGCCUUCGGAACGUAGUUGGUUGCUAUGGGAACAACAGACAGACUCUCCGGGCUGCCUUCAGCAGCUAACGUUAGCUAGCUGGUUUUUUAGACAGUGUACCAUGGAUGUGUUAAAAGUUACCGCGACAACAAUGGCUUCUCUUUAAAGUGGUAUGGACAGUUUUCUUGGAUGGAAUCCAGAAAUAAGGAGGAGCUUUUCUGCGGCAUGUGUAGAGCGGAGCUGACAGCCAAUCAGAGAGAGAGGAGGCCCUCACAGAGGUAACAUUAAGUCAAACGCGUUUCAUGCUUCUUGCGUUAUUAUUUAAGUAACCUAGUAACCUUCCUAUUUAGUAAUUAAUGGUGAACACUGAUGAUGCCUUCUGGCUGAAACAAGUUUGUGUUUUGCCCACAUUAAAUACGAUUUUUUUAGUUUUCUUUGAUCCUGUCGCUGCCGUGGACUCCAUACACUGUCUAAGAUUUGCCACCUUGCUGCCCAUUUUUCAUUAUAUCUUUCAUAAUUCAAACAAUGCUUGGCUGGAAGUUUUCAUUCUUUGAUUUUCUUUUUCUGCUGGUAGCGCAUUUGCUGCUCAUGAUCUGACCGUAGUCCUGAAGCAACAAUGAUCUUGUUCCAUGAUAAUAUGCAAAAACAGAAACUUCACUAUCAGGAUAUUCUGAUCAAACUGUUCUUGUGAAACGUCUGCAGAGAUCUGGCUUCUGUGUUUGUAAACCCAGUCUUUUGAUUCAAGCAUGCAAAUCUGAUUACAUAAUCACAUUUUUAUUAUGUCUCCAGUUUAUUCUAAAGGUGACCCGUUUCUGUGUGACAUAUCACUUUUUCUAUCUUGUGAUCUGUGCUGAUCUUAAUAAAAAAUAUAUGUUUUAA